CGCGGUUUGUUUGUGUACGGCGGAUACUGACCGCCUUUGCCUCCCCACCACCCAGGGAUGAAUGAAAAGAACCAACAAUUCGGUCAAACGACUUCAAUUCCUCACUACUCAAAAAGACAGGUAAGUAAAGACAAGGUAGGUGAGUAGUUCGACAACCCGAGUGCCAGGCCCACAAGAUCCUCUCCGACAUCGAAUUGCUCUUUUCUUCCCACUCCCUGAGCACUGCACCUCGAGGCCUUUCUCCUCCCUCCUCGCAGCUGCUUGACGCCAACCCAUUGUUUUCUCUCUCUUCCCUUUCCCCGGCAACAGGAAGCCGUCGCCGUGCAGUGCCUGUGCACUCUUGUUUCCUGUACCCCGCGUGUCGGUGGGUUCGACCACAGCUUGACGGUGUCUCACCUCCUUGGUUCCGCAUUAUCGUUAUAGACUUGCUGUGUGGAAAACAGUUUUCUCAAAGGGUCAAUCGCUGCCAGCAUGGAGAACUAUCACAAGAUCGAGAAAAUCGGAGAGGGAACCUACGGUGUCGUCUACAAGGCCCGUGAGCUCACUCAUCCUAACCGCAUUGUCGCCUUGAAGAAGAUCCGACUAGAAGCCGAGGAUGAAGGUGUUCCCAGCACUGCAAUCCGGGAGAUCUCUCUGCUGAAGGAGAUGAACGACCCCAACAUUGUCCGACUGCUGAACAUCGUGCAUGCCGACGGCCACAAGCUCUAUCUCGUCUUUGAGUUCCUCGACCUGGAUCUGAAGAAAUACAUGGAGGCUCUUCCUGUGAGCGAGGGUGGACGUGGAAAAGCCCUGCCAGAAGGUUCUGCGUUGAGCAAGAACAUGGGACUAGGCGAUGCCAUGGUCAAGAAAUUCAUGGCUCAAUUGGUGGAGGGCAUCCGCUACUGCCACAGCCACCGUAUUCUGCACCGUGACCUCAAGCCUCAGAACCUGUUGAUUGACCGCGAUGGAAACCUCAAGCUGGCUGAUUUCGGUCUGGCCAGGGCCUUUGGUGUUCCCUUGAGAACCUAUACACAUGAGGUCGUGACUCUGUGGUACCGCUCCCCUGAGAUUCUCCUGGGUGGACGCCAAUACUCCACCGGUGUUGAUAUGUGGUCCUGCGGUGCCAUCUUUGCGGAGAUGUGCACUCGUAAGCCGUUGUUCCCUGGUGACUCGGAAAUCGACGAGAUCUUCAAGAUUUUCCGACUCUUGGGUACUCCUGACGAGGCCGCUUGGCCCGGAGUUACCUCUUUCCCCGACUUCAAAGCCACGUUUCCUAAAUGGAAGCGUGACGAAAGCCGUCCUCUGGUCGCUGGACUCGAGGAGGAUGGUUUGGACCUGCUUGAUGCUCUUCUUGAGUACGACCCUGCGCGUCGUCUCUCUGCUAAGCAGGCGUGCAUGCACCCUUACUUCGCCAAUGGCAGCUCAUAUUACUCCGGUCGCACUCGGACAACGAGGAACGGUUUCCACUGAACAAACCGCGCCAUAUGUUAUAACGAUCAUGUUUAAGGCAAGAAUGUACGCAGACAACCGUGACAGGUGCAAUAAAGCAGGCCAUGGGCAGCACAAUGGUUUCUGCAUCCAUCCCAAAGGCCGAGUCCUGUCUGCGUCGCUGCUAUGAUCCGCUCUUUACCUCAAAAUUUCUCAUCGCGUUCGCUGCUUCUGUUACAUGGCGUUGUUUGUGGAGUGAUCGGGCAGGAACGAGAAUAGGUUACUGGAUAUCGCAAGGAGUAUUUUGACUAACGCGUACAUACCCAUAAUUGAAGUAAAUGGAGAAAAAGAGAAAGGAGAUUCAUCCUAUAGCAGCAGUGACAAUGAGC